AUGGGGUUCCUGCAUCAGCUGCAUCUUCUGCUCUGGAAGAACGUGACACUGAAGCGGCGCAGCCCGUGGGUGCUGGCCUUUGAGAUCUUCAUCCCCCUGGUACUCUUCUUCAUCCUCCUGGGGCUGCGGCAGAAGAAGCCAACCAUCCCUGUGAAGGAAGCUUUCUACACGGCGGCCCCGCUCACGUCAGCUGGGAUCCUGCCAGUCAUGCAGUCCCUGUGCCCUGAUGGCCAGCGUGAUGAGUUUGGCUUCCUGCAGUACUCCAACUCCACGGUGACACAGAUCCUGGAACACCUCAGCGAGGCAGUAGAGCAAAGCAGCCUCUUCGACCCACAGCACCCAGGACUGGAGGAGGAGCUGGAGUCGCUGCGUGGGCACCUGGAGGCCCUCAGCAGGCCUGAGCCCAGCUCCAUAGACACCCACUUCAGCAGCCGAGCAGGGUCCAGCUUCACACUGGCAUGGGCAGCCAAAGACCAGGUUGAGCUGCGGCGCUUCCUGAUGCAGAACCUGUCACUCCCCAAUGGCACGGCUGAGCUGCUCCUGGGCUCAAGCAUUGACCUGAGAGAGGUGUACCAGCAGUUUUUUGAUUCCUUUCCUUUGGUACCUGAUGAGACCCAUGAGCAAGACCUGUGGGAUGGGUUUGGCCCCAGCAAGAGGAUGAAACAGCUGGAGAAGAGCCUCCCCAGUGGCUGGAGGAGCGUGCAGGAAGGGCUGGUUCACAGGGUGCUGCAGGGCCCAGUGGCAGCCCCACGCCGGCCGGCACUGCUCCGCAUGCUCUCUCAGGCUCUGGGCUUCACCAGCACUGCUGUGGCACCUGCUAUCUCUGAUAGCCCUCAGGCCUUUGUCACCGAGAUGGAGAAUGUCUUCUUCACUGGGCCAGUGCUGGAGCAGGUGACAUGUGAGCAGAACCCCGGGGGACUGCAACGCCUCCUACGCGUGUCCCCCAGGCAGCAGCCACUGCUGGCAGCAUACCAGGCGCUGGCCUGCAAUGGCAGCCGAGCCACCCGCCAGGAGCGCUUUGCCCAUCUGGCCUCUGAGCUCCAGGAGCAGCUGGACACCCCCAAGAUCAUCAGCAGGCUGAAGCUGGAGGAGGUGAACAGCACAGCUACCCAGCACCGCCUCCGUGCUCUCCUCGAGGACCUGGUGGAGAUGGAGAAGGUUCUGCGGGACAUGGACAUCCUCUCAGCACUGGCUAAGCUGCUGCCCAGGGGAGCCUGUGCCAGCAAGGCCCCGCCACCCGUGGCCAACAGCACCAGCUGGGUCAGCGCCAAUGCCACGGCUGGCAAUGCCACAGCAGAGGAGGAGGAGGGUGCUGUGGAGGGCCCGUCUGGCAUCGACAACCCCCAGGGGCAGUUCUCAGCGUUUGUGCAGCUCUGGGCAGGACUGCAGCCCAUCCUCUGCGGCAACAACCGGACCAUCGAGCCUGAGGCACUGAAGCAGGGCAACAUGAGCUCUCUGGGCUUCACCAGCAAGGAGCAGCGGAACUUGGGCCUCCUUGUGCAUCUGAUGACCAGCAACCCCAAAAUCCUGUAUGCACCUGUGGGCACUGAAGUUGACAAGGUCAUCCUGAAGGCCAAUGAGACCUUCGCCUUUGUGGGCAAUGUCACCCACUACGCCAAGGCCUGGCUGAACAUCUCCCCCGAGAUCCGAGCCUACCUGGAAGAGGGCAGGCUGCAGAGGCGCAUCCGCUGGCUCCAGCAGUUGACCACUGACCUCCACAAGCACCCAGAGAUCCUGAAUGUCUCUGACAGUGAUGUUCUCCACAACUUUCUCAAUGGCAACUUCUCCCUGCCCAAUGCCAGCAUCCUGCUCCAGCAGCUGGAUACCAUUGACAAUGCUGCCUGUGGCUGGGUCCGCUUCAUGGCCAAGGUCAGCGUGGACAUCUUCAAGGGCUUCCCGGAUGAGGAGAGCAUUGUCAACUACACACUGAACCAGGCGUAUCAGGACAAUGUCACGGUCUUUGCCAGUGUCAUCUUCCAGACCAACAGGGAUGGCUCAUUGCCCCCCCAUGUCAUGUACAAGAUCCGGCAGAAUUCUAGCUUCACAGAGAAGACCAACGAGAUCCGGCGGGCAUACUGGCGGCCUGGCCCCAACACUGGCGGCCGCUUCUACUUCCUCUAUGGCUUUGUCUGGAUCCAGGAUAUGAUGGAGCGUGCCCUCAUUAACACAUUUGUUGGCCACGAUGUCGUGGAGCCUGGCAACUAUGUACAGAUGUUCCCGUACCCGUGUUAUACCCGGGAUGACUUUCUCUUUGUCAUUGAGCACAUGAUGCCCCUCUGCAUGGUGAUCUCCUGGGUCUACUCAGUGGCUAUGAUGAUCCAGCACAUUGUGACAGAGAAGGAGCAUCGCUUGAAAGAGGUGAUGAAGAUGAUGGGCCUGAACAAUGCAGUACACUGGGUGGCUUGGUUCAUCACUGGCUUUGUCCAGCUCUCCAUCUCGGUCACAGCACUCACUGCCAUUCUCAAGUACGGCAAGGUCCUGAUGCACAGCGAUGUCCUCAUCAUAUGGCUCUUCCUUGCCAUCUAUGCUGUGGCCACCAUCAUGUUCUGCUUUCUGGUGUCGGUGCUCUACUCCAAGGCAAAGCUGGCCUCUGCUUGUGGUGGCAUCAUCUACUUCCUCAGCUAUGUGCCAUACAUGUAUGUGGCUAUCCGGGAGGAGGUGGCACAUGACAAGAUCACAGCCUUUGAGAAGUGCAUUGCGUCCCUCAUGUCCACCACAGCCUUUGGGUUGGGCUCCAAGUACUUCGCGCUGUAUGAGGUGGCUGGCGUGGGUAUCCAGUGGCACACCUUCAGCCAGUCACCUGUGGAAGGAGAUGACUUCAACCUCCUGCUGUCCAUGAUGAUGCUGGUCGUGGAUGCCAUAGUGUACGGGGUGCUCACGUGGUACAUUGAGGCCGUGCACCCGGGCAUGUUCGGCCUGCCACGGCCCUGGUACUUCCCUUUCCAGAAGUCUUACUGGCUCAGCAACGGGCGUGUGGAGACCUGGGAAUGGACCUGGCCAUGGUCACGCACCACCCGCCUCAGCAUCAUGGAGGAGGAUCAGGCCUGUGCCAUGGAGAGCCGGAGGCUGGAGGAGACUAGGGGCAUCGAGGAGGAGCCGACCCACCUCCCCUUGGUUGUCUGCAUCGACAAGCUCACCAAAGUCUACAAGACAGACAAGAAGCUGGCACUAAACAAGCUGAGCCUCAACCUCUACGAGAACCAGGUUGUGUCCUUCCUGGGGCACAAUGGUGCAGGCAAGACCACCACCAUGUCCAUCCUCACUGGCUUGUUCCCUCCAACAUCGGGCUCUGCUACCAUCUAUGGCCACGAUAUCCGUACGGAGAUGGACAAGAUCCGAAAGAAUCUGGGCAUGUGUCCCCAGCACAAUGUGCUCUUUGACAGGCUGACAGUGGAGGAGCAUCUCUGGUUCUACUCGCAGCUCAAGAGCAUGGCAGAGGAGGAGAUCCGCAAGGAGAUGGACAAGAUGAUUGAGGACCUGGAACUCUCCAACAAACGGCACUGCCAGGUGCAGACGCUCUCGGGUGGCAUGAAGAGGAAGCUGUCAGUGGCCAUUGCCUUUGUGGGUGGGUCGCGGGCUGUUAUCUUGGAUGAGCCUACAGCUGGUGUGGACCCAUAUGCCCGAAGGGCCAUCUGGGACCUCAUCCUCAAGUACAAGCCAGGGAGGACCAUCUUGCUCUCCACACACCACAUGGAUGAGGCUGACCUGCUGGGGGACCGCAUCGCCAUCAUCUCCCAUGGCAAGCUCAAGUGCUGUGGUUCCCCACUCUUCCUCAAGAGCACCUAUGGUGACGGCUACAAGCUGACAGUGGUGAAGAAGCAGUCAGACACCAGGAAUGGCACAGAGCCAGGCCAGCCACACAGCCCCUUGGGCCACUCCUCUGUGAGCCCCUGCUCUGAGCCUCGUGUCUCCCAGUUCAUCAAGAAGUACGUGGCCUCCUGCCUCCUCAUCUCAGACACCAACACAGAGCUCUCCUACAUCCUGCCCAGUGAAGCUGUCAAGAAAGGCUGCUUUGAGAGGCUCUUCCAGCACUUGGAGCAGAGCCUGGAAGAGCUGGACCUCACUAGUUUUGGGCUGAUGGACACCACACUGGAAGAAGUCUUCUUGAAGGUGUCUGAGGAGGAUCAGUCUCUGGAGAACAGUGACGUGGACAUGAAGGAGUCCAAGGAUGCCUUGCAGCCACCCACUUCUGAGCUGGGCCUAAAGUCUGAAGCCAACGGGGAGCCCCUGGCUGAAGCAGCCAUGCCAGAGAAGCCUGAGGUGGAGCUCAGCAACCUGGUGACCUGCUCCAAGCUGGCGCAGUCACAGGCCUCCCUGCACUCAGCAUCCUCAGUGGGCUCUGUGCGUGGUGAUGAAGGUGGGGCUUAUUCCGAAUUCUUUGGGGAUUAUGUGCCCCUGUUCGAUAACCAGCAGGACCCCGAUAACGUCAGUCUGCAAGAGGUGGAAGCCGAGGAUUGUGACCUGGCAGGUCAGGGAAGCUUCAAGCUGGAAGGCUCGUGGCUGAAGCUGCGCCAGUUCCAUGGGCUGAUUGUCAAACGCUUCCACUGUGCCAAGCGCAACACCAAGGCCCUCUUCUCGCAGAUCCUCCUGCCCGCCUUUUUCGUCUGUGUGGCCAUGACUGUGGCACUCUCCGUGCCUGAAAUAGGUGACCUGCCACCCCUCAUUCUCUCGCCAUCCCAGUACCACAACUACACUCAGCCCAAGGGCAACUUCAUUCCUUAUGCCAAUGAGGAGCGGCGUGAGUACCGCAUUAGGCUGUCUCCCGAUGCCAGCCCUCAGCAGCUGGUGAACACUUUCCAUCUGCCCUCUGGUGUGGGGGCCACCUGUGUGCUCAAGACACCCUUCAACAAUACGCUGGACCAGCCCAUGCAGACCCUCAACCUCAAUAGCAACGAGACCAGAAUGCUCGCAGCCAAGUACUUUGAUGCCAUGUGCAUUGACUCCUUCACCCAGGGCCUUCCGCUUUCCAACUUCGUGCCACUGCCUCCAUCCCCGGCUCCCUCUGACUACCCCAUGUCAAUGGAUGAGGACCUGCUCCAUGCGUGGAAUUCCACACUGCCCAACUCUCAUGCUAUCCCCAGCAGCUGGAGCAGGCAGAAGCCUGUGAGCCAUCCCUUCUGCUCCUCAGGGACUGUGACCUCAGCCCCCGCCCUGCCCCGCAUCAUCCAUGAGCCCAUCAAGUGCACAUGCUCCAUGCAGGGGACUGGCUUCUCCUGCCCUAGUGGCGUGGGGGGCCAUCCCCCACAGAUGAAGGUGGUGACAGGGGACAUCCUGACGGAUAUUACAGGGCGCAACGUCUCUGAGUAUCUGCUUUACACCUCGGACCGCUUCCGGCUGCACAGGUAUGGGGCACUCACGUUUGGAAACGUCCAGAAAUCCAUCCCAGCCUCCUUCGGAGCCCGGGCUCCAGCCACAGUGCGCAAGAUUGCUGUGCGGAGAACGGCCCAGGUCUUCUACAACAACAAGGGCUACCACAGCAUGCCCACUUACCUCAAUGCCCUCAACAAUGCCAUCCUGAGAGCCAACCUGCCCAAGAACAAGGGCAACCCUGCUGCCUAUGGCAUCACAGUCACCAAUCACCCCAUGAACAAAACAAGUGCCAGCCUGUCCCUGGAUUACCUCCUGCAAGGCACAGAUGUGGUGAUUGCCAUCUUCAUCAUUGUGGCCAUGUCCUUCGUCCCAGCCAGCUUUGUGGUAUUUCUGGUGGCUGAAAAGGCUACCAAGGCCAAACACCUGCAGUUUGUGAGUGGCUGUGACCCUGUCAUCUACUGGCUGGCCAACUACAUGUGGGACAUGCUAAACUACCUGGUGCCGGCCACAUGCUGCAUCAUCAUCCUGUUCGUGUUUGACCUCCCAGCAUAUACCUCUCCCACCAACUUCCCUGCUGUCCUCUCCCUCUUCCUGCUGUAUGGCUGGUCCAUCACUCCUAUCAUGUACCCAGCCUCCUUCUGGUUUGAGGUGCCCAGCUCUGCUUAUGUCUUCCUCAUCGUCAUCAACCUCUUCAUUGGCAUCACAGCCACUGUCGCCACGUUCCUGCUGCAGCUCUUUGAGCAUGACAAGGACCUGAAGGUGGUGAACAGCUACCUGAAGAGCUGCUUCCUCGUGUUCCCUAACUACAACCUGGGCCACGGCCUGAUGGAGAUGGCCUACAAUGAAUACAUCAAUGAGUACUAUGCCAAGAUUGGGCAGUUUGAUAAAAUGAAAUCACCCUUUGAAUGGGACAUCGUGACUCGGGGACUGGUUGCCAUGACAAUUGAAGGUUUUGUUGGCUUCUUCAUCACCAUCAUGUGCCAGUACAACUUCUUCCGGAAGCCUCAGCGCCUACCUGUCUCCACCAAACCCAUUGAGGAUGAUAUUGACGUGGCCAAUGAGAGGCACCGGGUCCUGCGUGGUGAUGCUGACAAUGACAUGCUAAAGAUCGAGAACCUCACAAAGGUGUACAAAUCCCGAAAGAUUGGACGCAUCCUGGCUGUGGACCGGCUGUGUGUGGGUGUGCGCCCUGGAGAAUGCUUUGGGCUGCUGGGUGUCAAUGGUGCGGGCAAGACCACAACAUUCAAGAUGCUGACAGGGGAUGAGAGCACCACAGGUGGAGAGGCGUUCAUAAAUGGACACAGCAUCCUGAAGGAGCUCCUGCAGGUCCAGCAGAGCUUGGGCUACUGCCCCCAGUUUGACGCACUCUUCGAUGAGCUGACAGCCCAAGAGCACCUGGAGCUCUACACCCGCCUGCGUGGCAUCCCCUGGAAGGAUGAGGAGCGGGUGGUCAAGUGGGCACUGAAGAAGCUGGAGUUGACCAAGUACGCAGACAAGCCUGCCAGCACCUACAGCGGGGGCAACAAAAGGAAGCUAUCCACAGCCAUUGCGCUCAUUGGAUACCCAGCCUUCAUCUUCCUGGAUGAACCAACCACAGGGAUGGACCCCAAGGCACGGCGCUUCCUCUGGAACCUCAUCCUUGAUGUCAUCAAAACAGGUCGCUCCGUGGUGCUCACAUCUCACAGCAUGGAGGAGUGCGAGGCCCUCUGCACUCGCCUGGCCAUCAUGGUGAAUGGGCGGCUCAAGUGUCUUGGCAGCAUUCAGCACUUGAAAAACAGGUUUGGUGAUGGCUACAUGAUCACAGUGCGCACCAAGUCCAGCCUCAAUGUCAAGGAGGUGGUGAGGUUCUUCAACCGUAACUUCCCUGAGGCUGUCCUGAAGGAGCGUCAUCACACCAAGGCCCAGUACCAGCUGAAGUCAGAUCAGAUCUCACUGGCACAGGUGUUCAGCAAGAUGGAGCAGGUGGUGGAUGUGCUGGGCAUUGAAGACUACUCUGUCAGCCAAACCACGCUGGACAAUGUGUUUGUGAAUUUUGCCAAGAAGCAAAGUGACAACCUGGAGCAGCAGGAGACCAGCCCCAGCUGUGUCCUGCAGUCACCCCUGGAGCGCAUGCUGAGCCUGCUGCGCCCCCGCACUGCCCCCACUGAGCUGCAGGCCCUCGUGGUGGAGGAGCAGGAGGACCUGGAGACUGAUGACGAAGGCCUCAUCAGCUUUGAGGAGGAGAGGGCUCAGCUCUCCUUCAACACGGACACGCUGUGCUGAGACCCUUGGGACGACCAUGUUGUCAAGCCACCAAACCCUUUUGGCCUCUCCCCUCCCUUUGCCCCGUGGAGUGGAGUUGCCGCAG